CCAUAGGCCCUGGGGAUAUGAUAGUGAAUCUAGACAGUCACAGUCCUUGAUUUUAGCAUGCAAUAUAGUUUAGUGGAGAAAGGCAGUUGUCAAUCAAAAUAUACAUUUAAAUAACUAAUCAUCAAUUGAUAAGUAUUAUGAAGAAAAGUACAGCAGCCUACAUAAGACUGCAAGAGAAUAAAUCAGGGCACUUCCUCCAUUCAGGAGUAAUUGAGAAAGGUUACCCUGAGGAAGUGACAUUUAAGCUGGACCCUGUGGCACUGACUGAGUAGUUUUGGAGGGAGGGCAUGUGUGAGGGCCCUCAGGGGGCACACUGUCAGUGAAGGGCAGUGCCAUGCAGACACAGGUCUUCAGAUAUUGGGGAAGAUUCACAGGUAGAUCAGCUUGACAGAGAGAUGGAGUGCUGGCUGAAUAACCCAGGAACUCUUUCCUCCUUUGAUUCCAGGAAAGAAUAAAUCACAAACAAGUUGGACGUACUAGAGGGCCACAGGAGACAAUAAAAAAGUACUGGCUGAGAGGCUGGGCACAAUUGGAACAUUUCAUUCUACUCCAUCAACAAUUCCGGAAACCUCUAGCAAUCCUCUCUAUGUGACCCUCCAGAACGCUAACUGGUGAGGGCAAAAGGCUGUGACUUCUAUGCCUAAGUUACACAUGUGAACAUUUCUUUUUGGGUUGUCACGAGAAUCUCAUGAGCAGUAGCGAGCUAGAGGGCCGAGUAAUGUAUUGUGUAAUGUAUUUGCUAGUAAUGUAUUUCCCUGAGCUAUUUGAAACAGGAAAAUGUAUGUGCUAUCCUUUUGGCAAAAGUAGAAGGUUUGGUGGUAAGGUAAAUGCGGUAUGUGGAAGGGCAAUUGCAGGAAAUGGGGCUGUGGACCCUGGCUGUAGAGGAACAAAAUGGAAGAGCAACAUUUGACAGUCCAUUGUCGCCGUGCCUACCUAGGGGAGGGGCAGAGGACAGGGGAGACCAGGGUCGGACACUAAGCAUGAAAGAAGAAUGAGCAAACCAGGUUGUGCUCUCCCCCAGCUAUGGCGGGAGGCAGCUGGGUCUCCAGCGCCAAGAAAGGGACCCAAAGGGGCAGUGCGGGGCCCCGCCCCCUCCCCGGUAGGCGCGGGCGCGAGAUGCUGAGCAGCAGCAGCCGCGGGCACGAGCGGCAGCUAUCAGGCCCGCUAGGUCCAAGCUGCACUUGCUGCCCCACUGAAGACAAGGAGGCAGUGGGAGCAGUGACGGUGUCUCUGAGGAGCUGGGCUGCCGGCUCCUGGAGUUUACUGCCUGGAGCCCGCGGAUUUCUUCUGUCUCUGUCCCUUUGUGUCAGAAUCCUAAAAAAGAAAAAUAACAAGAAAAGGGAAGACUUUGACAAAGACCCAACGGGGUUCUCUUGGUUAUAAACUCCUCCUUAUCUGGUGCUGCAACAAUGAGUGGUAAAUCCCUGCUCUUAAAGGUCAUUCUCUUGGGUGAUGGUGGAGUUGGGAAAAGUUCACUUAUGAACCGUUAUGUAACCAAUAAAUUUGACUCCCAGGCUUUUCACACCAUAGGGGUAGAGUUCUUAAAUCGAGAUCUGGAGGUAGAUGGACGUUUUGUAACUCUUCAGAUCUGGGACACUGCAGGGCAGGAGCGUUUCAAGAGCCUUAGGACACCCUUCUAUAGGGGAGCAGACUGCUGCCUCUUGACCUUCAGCGUGGAUGACCGGCAGAGCUUUGAGAACCUUGGUAACUGGCAGAAAGAAUUCAUCUACUAUGCAGAUGUGAAAGACCCUGAGCACUUCCCCUUUGUAGUUCUGGGUAACAAGGUAGACAAGGAGGAUAGGCAAGUGACUACUGAGGAGGCACAAGCCUGGUGCAUUAAGAAUGGUGAUUACCCUUAUCUAGAAACAAGUGCCAAAGAUGAUACUAAUGUAACAGUGGCCUUUGAAGAAGCUGUCAGGCAGGUGUUGGCUGUAGAGGAACAGUUGGAGCACUGCAUGUUGGGUCACACUAUUGACUUGAACAGUGGCUCCAAAGCAGGAUCUUCAUGCUGUUAAAAGUAAGAAGCCUUUUAAAAGCAUACCUCAAAUUGGUAAGUCAGUAAUGUAAAAAUAACUGUGCCUCUUUAAAAGUGCACACACAAAAGAAAGGGUAAGAGAUAAAGUUGCAAUUGUUAUUUAGAGUCAAACUGAAGUUGUAGAGCAAUUUUUUAAAGUGUCUAUUAAGCCAAGUGUAUUUUGUGUGAUUUCUGCUAUUUCCUUCUUGUGUGCAUCAGGACAUUUUAGAAAGCUUUAGUCCUGAGAGAUUUAAAUAUUUUUCAAAUCACAGUUUAAACUUAGAACCCAGCUGCAUGAAAGAAUUAAAGAGCUACAGCUAUUCCUAUAAGUGUUCCAUUAAUCAACUAACAAAUGUCACCACUGACUAUUGCCAAGCAAUUUCUAACAUGUCUGCCAAAGUGGGAAAAAUAAUACUCUGAGCUGUAUUACAAUAAAUAUAAUAAUGCAAACAAUGAUGUCCUAAGCUUGAAUUAUAAAAAGGUUGUAAUGAUUAGGAACACAAAAGUAUAAUGAUGUACACUGGCUUGUUUAAAUCCUUAUGUAUGCUUUCCUUCCAUCUGAGCUUUUCAAAAAAUACCAUCUCAAUAAGAGAUACACUGAUGACACUGGAACUUGAUUAUCUUUCUUGCAUUUGAAGUAUCAGGGUACUACAAAAUAGAUUAUGUUUAAAUAUGCCAACCACCUUUGCAAAUAAAUGGUUGGUUUGCUUUCUACUUCAUAAGUCUACUUUUUUGCUGCAUAAGGAUGUUGCUUCUCUGACAACCUCUUAUCAAUUUAGCAAUGCUGCUUAGUAUAUGGUUUUGAAUGCAGUGCUCUUUGCUCAUAAUUUUGAUGGUCCUUUGGCCCACCAUGCUGUGCUCUCAGAUAAGCCUUCAGAAAAGAUUGGGGGAUAAUGGGCUUUUCUCACAGGGUUCCUUAAGUCCAGUAUUUAUUAAUAGAAGAAAGUGACCAGAGAGCGGACUUCAACCCAUUGUUAAAAUGAAUUUUUCAUAAUUAGAGUUGUCCAACAGUAGAAUGGAUUGCCUUAAUAGUGAAUUCCCUUCUACUAAAAAUAUUGAAGUAUAUGCUGUAUGACCAUCUAUUAAAAUGCCAUAAAAAUAAUUUCUGUACUGGCUGUAUGUUUGGUUUAAAGUCCCUUCCAGCUCUAAGUUUUAAGAAUCUGUAAGCUACAUACUAUGUUUCAGUGCCAUGUUAUAGUUAGAUGUAUUUUAAGACAAUAGCUAAGACUAUGGAGAGGGACUUUUAAAAUGCUCAAAAACUAUUCUGGGAUAAGCAUUUAACAGCAACUACACAGCUCUGUCUUUUGCUUUCAUACCAUGGCAGGAAAAAUCUUGAGAUCAAAGUAAACAUUGUGUGCCCUGAUAUAAACAUCCUAAAGAUACCAUAUUAAAAUACAAAAGUGAUUUGUCAAAAUUUUAUUACUAUGACUACCAGCUAUCUGUAUGAAGUCUAGUUCUUAUUGGUUGACCUGUUUGUCCUGCAUAGAUUUUUAGCUAUACUUUUAAGACAUUGAUAAAAAUAGUGACCCAGGUUGGUGAGGGACAGUUAUAAAUGACCCCCAAAAGAGACUUUGGCCAGGGUUGAUGGGUAGGGGAGCUUUCACAAGAAUAUAGCCUAGAAUGCUCCACUGUAGCCAUAUAUGGAAUCAGCCUUACACAUUGAACCUUGGGUGUUUUAAGAGCUCUGAGACUUUUUGGCCACACAGCCAAGUUGAAGACAAUAUUUCAACCCAGUCAUACUCAAUAUUUCCAAUUUAAAUAUAGUCUCGACCCUACUGUCCAGCAAACUUUUAUGAUAGAAAUCAAAGACAGAACUGGAAAUCUAUAGCUCAUAAGUAUUGGUUCCUAUCCUGCCUAUGCCUAUAAACACUGGUUUCAAAAUUCUAUGAUCAUUUUGCUACAAUGUUGUUAGGGUGAAAUUCUGUACAUCAGAACUAUUAAAUGUUAAUUGUUUUAAAGUGCAUGAGACCUGGGGCCUUCUCUUUCUACUUGCAUUCUGCUUAUAAUAUUUUCUAUAUGUAGAUCUCAAGCCUUCAUAAAGACUUCCAUCCACUCAGAAUAGUACUUGUCUGUAUCAAAAUAUAAUAUGGCCAUUUAAGUAAAAAAAAUUGUGUAGGUAUCCCAUUCAUAGGCCUCCUGUACAUCCGAAAGAAGAGUUAAUUUUAUUGGCAGGUCAACUGAGGCCUCUUUCCUCUUAGCUAUGACGAUUUUUCCCUGCCAAAUCACUACAGAAUAUCUUAGUGAAAGCACUUGACAGAAAGUGA